CAGAAAAUUCUGGAAUACCAGAGAGCGGUUAUAUAGCUCUCUGCCUGCGUGGCGCAUCAGUUGAAGGCGCAAAUCAAGAGCAAGAUACGUUGCAUAACUAGCGAAUAAUGUCGUACCCUAUAUCCAACACAUCCGACUUCACCAUUCAACAAAUGGAAGUACUGACCAAGGCACGAUUCGAUUCGGGCAUUCACAUUAUCCUAACGAACCCCUUCGUUUCUGAGAAAGUCUCGCAGAAUUCUACAGAGGUGACCGUGUGCCAGCUAGCCCGCGGCAUACAGAAUGGGACAAACCUAACCCACGCCUUUUGCUUUCCUCAGCAGUCAAGUACUGAGGCCAAAUUCCGCUUUCGCGCGGACGACAGAGACUCAGGAAAUGAAACCGGAAAAUACAUGGAAUAUCAUAUGUCGCCAGGAGGGACACAUUUCUACGUGAGAAAUGUGGGCAAGGGCAAAUCGGUUGGUACGAUGUCCACAGCUCUAAACAUGAAAAUGCCAGUGGUGUUGCAGAUGGAGGUGCCGGACGAUGGAUGCAUAAAGGAGAUGAGGCCAGCGGCGAAUGCCUUGGACAUCAUCCAAGGGGAUAACAACGUUUUUAUGGGGACACUGCUACCGACACUUGCCGUUGUCCUAGAGAAACUCGAAAGCACGCAAGAGACAGAACUACGCUUUUGCCGUCCUCUAGUUGAUGCGCUACCUGCUGGAGUAAAAGCACAGUUCGGCUCACUCAUGGCACGAAAAGACCUCAUUAUUGCCACUGCUUUGAUGGCAACAUUUGAAACUAACCUUACAUGGCUGUCUGUCCGUGAACAAGCUGCCCUCUACGAGCAGAUGAAGCACGAAGUAGGGCAAUGGACAAGAAGUGAACCGACUGCAAGCCAAGCGGACGAAAGCGACGAUUUUUUCUCCGUCCUGGAUGAAACGAAUUUUGGGGGAGCUAGAGCUCAGGAACUGGAAAGCUUUUUGUCGCUACCUCGGGAUGCACCUCUCUCCGCGGUCAUUACUUUUCCUGCGAUAGCACGAAUGUUUGUGAAGUACAAUACAGGACUGCCUUCUAGCCCGUCAGUUGAGCGCAUGUUCAGUGCCGCGGGAGAUGUGCUCAUCCGAAAACGCUUAGCGACACCAUCAUGGAAAUGCAGCUGCGACUUAAAUUAAACAGGCACAUUGUUUAGAUAAUUGUGGUAGGGCAUGCCUCAUUUAGCCCAUAACAUGGCGUCUGGGUUGCAUCUAGGUGCAUGCAUCACACCCCAUUUGUACACAAAAUGUUGAAUCAGUAAAUGUGUCUCUUUUAGUUGAUUAGAUUAUUGGUGCUUCGCUUUAGUUUUCUUUUUCUCCUUGAGUGACAUUGUCAUAUUGGCGCAGAAAUGUGCGUCGUCUCACACAGAGUCAUAGAGCAGAGAUAUGUAGCAGUGAAACAAUGAAUUUGCAGCGAAGUAUGCCACACGAAAGUAAAGCAGCUUUCAAUCAAUAAAAAUUAUUCAGUGCGUGAACUUAUUGCCAGACGAGGGAGCUGCGGAAGUAACACCGUGAAAUUCAGUCAAUGAUAGUAUUCUAUUCAAGAAGUAAGAACCGCUGCCAUUGAAAUGAAGCUGAUCCAUUGUGUUCAGCGUGUUGCACUCCUCCGUAAGAAACCCAAAGUCGAACCCAACUGUUCACGCGGGCGGCACCUGCGUACUGCUAUUUUGUAUCCAAAGUAACUUUGAAGUAACUCGUUCUUUUUUUGUUUCAGUAACUCCGUGAAUGCGAGUUACAUUUCAGAGUGAAGAACUUCGUCAUUAACCUAGUUACAUUUUUCACACGGUAACUUAACUUGUAACGAGUUCUUUUUGACGGGUAACUUCUUGAUCUCGGGAUGUAUCUGUAGUACAUGUAUUUAUAAAAUUAUGUAUGUUUUAUGUUCAGAAGUUGAGCCACUUCUGUGUUAGUUACGUUCGUGUGGUGCCUUACAAUACACAAUGUUGCGAUGUAUCAUGUUAUAGAGACCCCCUCACGGGUUCGUCCCAGCGGUCUAGCACUUUUUCUUUUGUUUGUAUAAUGGUUGUAUGGAUAAAUAAAAUAUGCAAAAAAAAAUAUAUGUUUAGUAGAAAUCAGCAUUCUUUUCUUUUCUCCCUCUUUGUCAACUUAUGUCGCCACACAUUUUAUUUCAUCUUUCAUGCUUUGGUUGUUUUUGUUUGUUUGUUUUCCCGGACUUCCCAUUACGGGCAAUGCGCGCAGCGUUU